GCGAACCGUUGGCCAGCAACGAUGGAUAGGACGUCAUCUGUCUGUAACAUGCAGCUAGCUAAAACGUCACUUUAGCUUCCAGAUUUCGUUAGAUUUGGCCUUUAUGACCGACACUCCACAGAGGUGGUAGGGGGUGGUCAAAUAUGUAUGAAAAACCUCACAAUCAAAGCCGUAAUCUGUUUAAGGUGCAGUUAGAAUUUACCGUGUGAAAUCAGCCGCAUUAGCCAGCCUGGUAGCUAGCUAGCUAACCAGCUAGCUAACUAAGAGCUAGCACUGCUGCGCUAGCAUAGCCGACUGUGUCCACCAUAAACAGCCGAAUAAUUAGAUGGUUAGCGAGUGGGUUUGCGGUAAGAAAAUCAAGUCGUCAUCUGCCUGGUACGUGGCGUCUUGUGGAGGGAUAAUUGCACCCUGAGAAAUACUGGUGGUGCCAUGAUGCGAUGACUCACCUCUUAUGCUGAGAACUGGCUGUGACUAACUAGACGGUGACCUGAGCCAUGGGGGCGUUCCUGGAUAAGCCCAAGACGGAGAAGCAGAACGCGCACGGCGAGGGCAACAGCCUGCGCUACGGCCUGAGCAGCAUGCAGGGCUGGAGGGUGGAGAUGGAGGACGCCCACACGGCUGCCAUCGGCCUGCCGCACGGCCUGGAUGACUGGUCCUUCUUCGCUGUUUACGAUGGGCAUGCCGGCUCGCGCGUGGCCAAUUACUGCGCCAAACACCUUCUGGAGCACAUCGUGGCGGCAGGGUCGGCCGAAGAGCUGCGGAGGGCGGGCGCGCCCUCACCCGAUGCGCCUGCUGUGGAGGCGGUGAAAGGUGGCAUCCGCGCGGGAUUCCUGCGCAUCGACGAGCACAUGCGCAGCUUCACGGACCUGCGCAACGGCAUGGACCGCAGCGGCUCCACGGCCGUGGCCGUGCUGCUCUCGCCUGCUCACGCCUACUUCAUCAACUGCGGCGAUUCGCGCGCGCUGCUGUGCCGCGACGGCCACGUGCGCUUUUCCACACUCGACCACAAGCCCUGCAACCCACGUGAGAAGGAGCGCAUUCAGAACGCCGGCGGCUCCGUCAUGAUCCAGCGCGUCAACGGCUCGUUGGCCGUCUCGCGUGCCCUCGGUGACUACGACUACAAGUGCGUGGAGGGCAAGGGCCCCACAGAGCAGCUGGUGUCUCCCGAGCCCGAGGUGUUUGAGAUCAUGCGCGCCGAGGCCGAAGACGAGUUUGUGGUGCUGGCGUGCGAUGGCAUCUGGGACGUGAUGAGCAACGAAGAGCUGUGUGCCUUCGUCCGCGCAAGGCUGGAGGUGUCGGAUGACUUGGAGAAGGUGUGCAACGAGGUGGUGGACACAUGUCUACACAAGGGAAGUCGAGAUAACAUGAGUGUUGUGUUAGUCUGUUUGCCAAAUGCGCCCAAAGUGUCAGAGGAGGCGGUGAAGAGAGACGCAGAGCUGGACAAAUUCCUUGAGUCACGUGUGGAAGAGCUCAUAGAGAAAGCAGGGGAGGAGGGCAUUCCUGACCUGGUACAUGUCAUGAGGAACCUCGCCACAGAGAAUAUCCCCAACCUCCCACCAGGGGGCGGCCUUGCCAGCAAGCACAGUGUAAUCGAGGCCGUGUAUAACCGGCUCAACCCUCAAAGAGAUGAUGACGGGAAUGGUGCAGACCUGGAGGAUCCCUGGUAGCUUCUCAACCCCAGGGCCUCUCCCCUUAAAGGAUAAAGGAUCCCUUUGAUUGGAAGAAACCCUUCAUAGUUUUGUUUUCAUUUUUUUUCUAUGAAACCGAGAGAUUAAUCCAUACUGUAAUGAUUUGAAGUACAAUGGAUAUCGCAGUCCCCUUAAAAGGAUUGCAAACACUUCUUUGGGGGGGGGGGGGGGAAUAUAACAUGAGGGAAAGAGAAGAACUUAAGCCGUAGACAACCCAUCAUGAAUCAAAGUACACAUCAAACAAUAAAGACUGAGAGGUUUUUUUUUUGUGCUCUUUCCCCCACCUUGUGUUUGUUGAUGUUCUAGUUCAGACUGGUGUUUGUGGCGACAUGCGCGGCCAUAAGCACUGUGGUGCCUUUUUCUACUUGGCUACAGAUGGGUGACUUGGGCUUGUGGGGGUUCUCCUGCCCUCAGCCCAGAUUGCGACAGCGGCUGGCCCACAUGAGACCACUGCUACCCCUGGACUUUGGGGGUAUGGACCAUCACUGGCUUUAAUCAGGAUUUCCUUGACUGACGUUUGCAUGUGGAACACGUUUGGAGGAAUUGCUACUUUAUUACAUAACCUGUGUUGUGGAAAGGUUUGGAGCUUGACAGCUUUUUGCACCUUUAGCGCGCCCCACCCCCCACCCCCACCUCCCCAUAUGCUCUGAUAGACGUUUGAAAAGACUGCAUCAAUAUUGCUUUAUCCUGCAGUUUAUCACUCAUUUGGUUGUUAUAAGCUUUUAAUCCUGCUGUUUCAGAGAAUAUAGAAUAUAUAGAUAUAUAUAGAUAUAUAUAUAUAUAAAUUCAUAUAUAUAUUUUUUUUCCUCCUUGAAUAUAGUGUCAUUUAUGGGUUACAGGCUGCGAAGCAAUAGAUGUGAAAAGGGUCCGUAUGCUUUGAGUUGUUCUGUGUCAAAUCAGUGAGGCUCAAUAUUACUCCUCCCCAAAUCCUCGGAGUCAGUAUUAUUUGAGCAUGUUUCUAAUGUUAAAAUGCUGCAGAAACAUAAGAUAUUUUAUAUAUUUUGGUGUCCUUUAACUCUCAGUAAUUUUAUAACAGGGGUUUAGUGUUUCAGGACUCCUCAUUUCAUAUAAUCAUCUGCAAACAUAUUGGAUUUUCAUGUUGUAUAUGCAGAUUGUUAAGUUCUCAUCUAGAUAUAUAUUUUUGAUUUUAGGUUGCCAAGUCUGUCAGUUGUCAUUAAACAGUGUUGCCCUCACCUGUUUAAAACAAAAUAGCCAUCUCAGAUUCUCUGAUAAAACCAUUAACGAUAUGGUGUGGGUGUUUGUUUGUGUGUGUGGGGGGUGGGUGGGUGGGGGGGUGUAAGUAAGUAAUCUGUUCAAGAUUUGGGGUAAGGGCAGUUACAUACUUGGUUUAAUGUUGAAACUUUGGGAUAUCAGAAGAAAGUUGUUUAGAAAUGUUCUUAAAAAUUUUGGAAUUUGUGCAAAUGUAAUUUUUUUGAGAGUUAAAAGAUACCUAGUAACACAAAAUUACUGUAAUUGUUGAUAUCAAAACCACCUUUCUUUAAGUGAUUUGACGCAGAAUGACCAGUGUGUAAGUGGGAGUGUGUGGCUGGUAAAUUACUUUGGAAGAGUGAGAUUGUGCAAGUUAUGUGCUUGUGUUAACUAGCUGCCUAAGAAUUAUGGGUGUUGUAGGCUGUAAUGGAUCCCUGGUGCCCAGUGAAGCCACACUACGUAUCUUCUUCACUUUUCUCUGUAUCAUAUUUUUGCCUUCCUUUUUCCAAACACAGUUCUAAUUUCACAGUGCAAAACAGAACUACAACAUCCCCCCCCUUUAGAGCAUAUUGUAAAAUGGUGUGGGUUUUUGUCUCUUUUCGUUAGCAGAUAAUGGAAAAUAUGAGCUUUAUGAUGAGUUCAUGAAUUAAUUUCAGACUGCAUACAAGUGUGAUUCUGGUUUUGCUCAAAUGCAUUUUCAGGAGUCAUGGAUGACUACAGAAACUUGCUGAACACGAGCACUGAAAGGUGAAAUCAAGCAGAACAAUAAAGAUCAAGUGAAAGUGGG